CAUGGCGGCAUAGUCCUGGAGGCGUGCUUCCCUCCCCCCCCCCUCUCUCUUUCGCCCUGCCAUGCCUCAGCCAUGAGAGAGAUGGGCGAAUUGGGGAGCUCUUCUUCGCCGUUGCCCUCGUCCUCGAUCGCGCACUCCUCCGUCUUCCACAGUUACCCGCUGAUCUCGGCCGUCCUGGCCUUCGCCAUCGCUCAAUCAAUCAAGUUCUUCACCACCUGGUACAAGGAAAGACACUGGGAUGCCAAGCAGCUUAUUGGAUCUGGUGGGAUGCCAUCAUCCCAUUCAGCCACAGUGACUGCACUAGCACUAGCUAUUGGAAUUCAAGAUGGGUUGGACAGUUCUGCUUUUGCUACAGCGGCGAUAUUAGCAUUUGUGGUGAUGUGUGAUGCUUUUGGUGUUCGACUGCAUGCUGGAAAGCAGGCAGAGGUGUUAAAUCAAAUUAUGUAUGAACUUCCAGAAGAGCAUCCUCUGUCUGUUACUAGACCACUACAUGAACUUCUUGGCCAUACUCCUAUUCAGGUCAUCGCUGGUGCUGCCCUGGGGUCUGUGGUAGCUAUCGCGGCUCAAUUAAUCAACAGAUUUGCUGGUGGUGCAUGGCAAUCAGAAAUCGUAAACAAAUUGAUCGACGACAACUGACAUCAUCAAGCUGUGCUUUCUGAUCAUUAUAGGAAUGGAGAGAAGCAUCAUUGGCUAAUCAUAUAUGGGCAUUUAACCCACAGUUAGUAUAAUGAUUGAUGUGUGCGUGGUAUUUCCACAAGACAUGGAUAAAAUUCCAUUCUUGCUGUGAUGUAUACAAGUUCGAUCAUUGUGUAUGACCAUUCUACUGUGCAUUGUAUCAAUAUAGACCUGUUUGAUAAAAAAUGUAAUAUUGGUGGACAUUCUUUUC